AUGGCAUCCAACGAAGUUCUAGUUCUAAGAGGUACUCUAGAAGGUCACAACGGCUGGGUCACUUCCCUAGCCACCUCUGCUGGUCAACCAAACCUUUUGGUUUCCGCCUCCAGAGAUAAGACUUUGAUUUCCUGGAAAUUGACCGGUGACGACCAAAAGUUCGGUGUCCCAGUCAGAUCCUUCAAAGGUCACUCUCACAUCGUCCAAGACGUCACUUUGACCCCAGAUGGUGCCUACGCUUUGUCCGCCUCUUGGGAUAAGACCUUGAGAUUGUGGGACGUUGCCACCGGUGAAACUUACCAAAGAUUCGUCGGCCACAAGGGUGAUGUCAUGUCCGUUGCCAUCGACAGAAAGGCUUCCAUGAUCAUCUCUGGUUCCCGUGACAAGUCCAUCAAGGUCUGGACCAUCAAGGGUCAAUGUUUGGCCACUUUGUUGGGCCACAACGACUGGGUCUCUCAAGUCAGAGUCGCUCCAACUGAAAAGGAAAACGAUGACACUGUCACCGUCAUCUCUGCCGGUAACGACAAGAUGGUUAAGGCCUGGAACUUGAACCAAUUCCAAAUCGAAGCUGACUUCGUUGGUCACAACGCUAACGUCAACACCAUCACUGCCUCCCCAGAUGGUACUUUGAUCGCCUCCGCUGACAAGAGCGGUGAAAUUAUGUUGUGGAACUUGCACAACAAGACCCCAAUGUACACCUUGAACGCUCAAGACGAGGUCUUCGCCGUUGCCUUCUCUCCAAACAGAUACUGGUUGGCCGCUGCCACUGCCUCUGGUAUCAAGAUCUUCUCUCUAGACCCAGAAGCUUUGAUUGAUGACUUGAGACCAGAAUUUGUUGGUUACAACAAGGCUGCCGACCCUCACGCCAUCUCCUUGGCCUGGUCUGCUGACGGUCAAACUUUGUUCGCCGGUUACACCGACAACGUCAUCAGAGUUUGGCAAGUCAUGACCGCUAACUAA